UACAGAAGAAUACAGGGAAAAAAACAGGAGAAUACAGGGAAAUACAGGAGAAUACAGGGAAAUACAGGAGAAUACAGUGUAAACUAGGGAAAUAUGGGGAAAUACAGGAAAAUAAAGAAGAUAUUAGAAUACAGUAUAAUAUACUAUUAUGAUACACUAUAAUAUGGUUACAUGAAGUAGUCACCGUUAUGUAUAGUUUAGCAUUAUUCACAUUUUUCGCUGGGAGCAGGUGGAUAAGAUGCUCUAAAGUACCCAUGAUCCUUACAAGACAAAAAAAAGAAAGUUAAAAAUGUUACCAACUUUCUCUUAUUUGUCACACCAUAUACAAAGUCAAAUAGGAGGAAGCAUUUUCCACAAAUAUCAGAAAAAUAAAAAUGCUUAUUCAAUACUGCUGCAGUAUUUUUCGAAACAACGAUUAUUUUCAAAACAGUGUGUAACUCUUCCAUUUGUUCAAAAACCGGGAAAGCCAUCUGAAUUUGAGCCACGAAUUUGUUUUUGUUUUGUUUUUCGAAGAGGUGAGACAAUAAAGAUCAAAUUCCUUUGCACGUUGGGGUAUCUGUUUUUGCAAAUUGUGCCAGCGAGGCGUCGUGAAAAAUGGCUUAAUUCUCGCUAAAGAAUUUAAAAGAUUAAUAAUUGAUUAUCGCCUCUUUCAGAGAAUCCCACUUCAAUAUUUAGUCAUUCGCUUACAGCUGUAGGAGUGGAACAGACACUUACAGAAGUUCAAACUAAACUAAACGAAGAUGCAAAGAAUCCUCUUGCACGUGUUCAUCGUUAUGUUGUCACGUGCAGUUCACGUGAAGGCCGAGGAAUGCCCCUUGAGAACUUGUUACGAAAGCGACUUCUUGCCAAAGAAGCACGUCACCCGUGGGAAGUGUCUGCAAGGGUUUUCCUAUAGGAAUGUAAGCUUGGAUGGCGGUCCCGAGGGGUGCUUUUUUCAGUGCACACGCAACUGCCGGUGCCAAGCAUUCCAGGUAACGACAGAGAGAUGCGAGCUUCUCGAUCAAGACAAAGACGACGCUACACCCGAGAAGUUUGUCGAUAAUUCGAGUUAUGACUACUACCGCCUUCACCAAAAAAUCGUCCACCCGCAGUCAUCAGAGGGUUGCAGCAACGGCUGCUGUGAGCAACAGCGGUGUCCUAACGGAAGAGCAUGCGUAGAGCAAUGCGUUGACCCAAAGCGCAAGUUCUAUUGCGUUUUCACGUGCCUUGACGUACUAUUGGAUUUCAAGAGAAGAGGAAUUCAGCCAGUGAAUGGAACCUACACCUCAGAAUUUAAGAUGUAUUGCGCUUUUGAAGACACAAGAGCAUGGACCCUGAUCGAAUCGUUUGCACUGAGAAACAGACAUGAUUUUGAAAACAAGCCCUUUUUUAAAGACGCUCCUUUCAACGAGAAUGAACCGUCUUGGGAGAAGUAUCGUCUUUCUAAGACGAGGAUGAACCAGCUCAGGGCACAUGCUACGUUAUUCAUGGCUGGCUGUGUGUAUGACCAAAGAGUUGACGGAUGGCCAAAAGAUAUCCUUGUAGGGAGGCUCUCCAAAUUUGACAUCAUGACAAAAGAUGCCAAUGGAAGGUGCUUUGAAGUAGAGCGGAUCCGAAUCCGAGAAAAUCAGUGUCAAACGAGUACACCUAAUUGUAAAGUCCCGCUCUGGCACUCCGACAAAUUUCAUCUGCAUACCGAUUCCUCUCAAAAUUAUUGCAGCUUUUCUACAUCUGAUAGUGUUAGUAGCGAAGACAACUUUGGUUUUUAUGAAUAUAUCAAUAGUAAUUUCUCGUGUACAGCAACCGAAGACUCGACGACACAAUGGUGGCUUGGUCAGGAGUUGGAAUAAGCACCUUCUCAGAGUAGCGAUACAUUUGAUGCGGUAGAACAACAAGCACAUCCUGAUCACACCUGAUAUGGGUGUGUAAAACAAAGGAGAAACCACCUCAGCACGUCAGGGACUGAACUUACACCGUAUCAGAUCAGCAUUUCGGGUGUCUGGGACGACAAGUAGAUAACUAAGCACACCAGGGAUUGAAAUAGCACCUCCUUGAAAUAACAAUACGGAUGCCUAGAACGACAAGCAGAAAUCUUUGCACAUUAAGAUAGUCGAAGAGAUCAAAGUAUAACACCAAUAACAAGAUACAUCUUGGUAAACCAAGCACCGAAGCUCUCGGAAAUUAAAGGACUUGUUUACGGAAGAACAAGCAGACAGGUCAGCAUGCUAGUCUUCAGCAAACACUCUAUUCAUUAAAUAAUUAUGUGUAAGACCAAGCGUUAAUUGACUCAAAUCAACCCUUGCUUGAGACCUUCUCUACGCCAGCCUCUUGAGGAGGAGGGGCCUUCAGAGAUGCUCGCGGGAUUGAUAAACGAAAAAAGCGAGAAGAGUGCGCAGCAAA